UCAAUGCUUUGUAUGGUUUAUCAUUGAGGACAGCCGCCCCGAGGUCAACCUUGGGUUUUAUCUAGGACGAGAGACAUUAAAUAUUGAAGCGACUAUCGCGGCAGGCACAGAUAUACCCCUGCAUUUGGAGCAAACACCGCUACUGUAUUACUGAAGAGAGUCGACACGCAAGAUGGCUACUACGGAGCAGAAACGAAUCGUUUUAACCGACCCCUCAGAAUACCGGCCGGAGUACAAAGACAAAAAGGAGUACCGGAAUUUCAACAUCCAUACGUGUCCAGAUCGAGUCAUUGAAACUUACAAAAAAAUGCAUACUUUCCAGACAGUGGAGUAUGUCCGAGGUAAGAUCGAACAAUAUUGCAAAUUUAAUCAUGCCGAAAUGACAAUGAUGGAAGCCCUGAACUCGCUUGACGGAUUUUUGGACGAAAGUGAUCCUGACGUUGACAUUCCGAAUUCCUUACAUGGUUAUCAAACUGCCGAGGGUAUCCGGAAGACACAUCCGGAUAAAGACUGGUUCCACGUGGUAGGUCUGAUCCACGAUGUUGGAAAAGUCAUGGCUCACUGGGGCGAGCCACAAUGGUCCACGGUAGGCGACACAUUUCCUGUAGGCUGUCUCCCUGAUGACAGGGUCGUAUUCGGGCGUGAAAGUUUUAAGAAUAAUCCGGACAUGAAAAACGAAAAAUACAACACAAGACUCGGCAUUUAUGAUGAAAACUGUGGAUUGGAAAACGUGAACAUGUCUUGGGGUCAUGAUGAAUAUUUGUACCGCGUGUUAACCUCUGACCUCAACACGUGCAGGAUACCGGAAGAGGGUCUGUACAUGAUCCGCUACCACUCUUUCUAUCCCUGGCACACGAGUGGGGCUUACGAAUAUCUGUGUAACAACAAAGACGAGGAGAUGAAGGAUUGGAUCAACGAGUUCAAUAAGUUUGACCUUUACACCAAGAGUGCGGUGACGCCGAAUGUGGAGGAGCUCCAGGUCUACUACAGCGCCCUCAUGGACAAAUACAUUCCUGGCAAGGUCAAGUUUUAGGCUGACCUUGAUCAGACAAUACAUAUAUUCAAGUGCUUAUAAACGUUUGAAAUAGACAGGAAAUAUCAUGCCAAUCUCUCCUUGAGUGCAUGUGUGUUCAUUUGUUAUGUGAAGCAAUCGUCCACCAAGUCAUAGAUGACAAUAUUCCGGAUCGUGUACAGACACUUCGUGGCAUGCAUUUAAACUACAUUCAUUAUUUUAGAAGGUUUACUACUUUUUAAAAAGGUAUGUUAAAUACAUCUGUUGUUACUGUAUGAUACGUAUGUAUAUACACGGAUAUAUAAUAAACGGUUUGCACAUUUUUUUCUC